AUCAAAUUCGCCGUCAACCUCUCUUCCCACCUCACUCCGCGAACCUCCUCACAAGCAGUCGUCACCUCUUUGUUUGAGCGCGCUCUAAUUUCUUAUUCGAUACCACUCUGCACUCCCCUCCUUGACCGUCUCCGUCAAGUAUGGCCUCUCAACGCCCUCACCCUUACAACAACCAAGGCUACCUUCCAAACGGCGGCGCAGGACAUACGGGACUACCUCCGGGAGCUGCGCCUUUACUGCCAAACAAUGGACGUGUGAUUCAGACUGGCGGAGUUCGAGUGUUGUGCGUAGCAGAUGUUCGGGGAAACCUUCGAUCUCUCAACGAACUCGCAAAGCAAGCACGCGCAGACCACAUUAUUCACACUGGAGAUUUUGGUUUCUAUGAUGGCACAUCGCUGGACCGUAUUGCUGAAAAGACCCUAAAGCACGUCGCGCAAUACUCUCCGCUCAUUUCAGAGAACGUAAAGAAGGCUAUUGGAACUCCGGGAGGACCUGUCAAGCAAAGAUUCAGUCCCCAGGAUCUGCCGCUCUCCGAGCUUCCACAAUUUCUUGACGGCAGCCUGAAGCUCGAUGUUCCAGUAUACACAGUCUGGGGUGCUUGCGAAGAUGUCAGAGUAUUAGAAAAGUUCAGAUCCGGCGAGUACAAGGUCGACAAGCUACACAUUAUUGAUGAGGCACGCUCAAUGCUGCUAGAGAUUGGCGGCGUCAAGCUGCGACUCCUUGGUCUUGGUGGAGCUGUUGUGAUGCACAAGCUGUUCGAUAACGGCGAGGGACGAACAACCAUUGCAGGAGGACAGGGUACUAUGUGGACGACUCUUUUGCAGAUGGGCGAACUGGUAGACACUGCGAAUCGCGUAUACGAUCCUACAGAAACUCGCAUUUUCAUCACACACGCCUCCCCUGCUCGUGAAGGCAUCCUGAACCAACUUUCUGUUACGCUGAAAGCCGACUUCUCGAUAUCUGCAGGUCUUCAUUUUCGCUAUGGAAGCUCGUAUAACGAGUUCAGCGUUAAUCCUACCUUGGACCACUACCGCGGAAAACUUGCUGCUUCGAAAGCAUCUUUCAACGAUGUAUGGGAAACGGUUAAGAGUGAGGUACAGCCGGCAAUCUCGCAAAAUGAGGCUCAGCAAAACCUGCUGCAAAAUGCUCUUGGAAUAGUUGACAAAAUGCCAAGCACUGCUCUUGGAGGAAAUCCAUUUGGCGGCCCAGUCGGAGGACCCAAUGCUGCUGGUGUUGGACAAGUUGACGAGAGUGCGUUCAAGAACAUGUGGAAUUUUAACUUGGCAGACGCUGCAUUCGGAUGGUUGGUUCUUGAGGUUCAGGAUGGUCGCAUUGGUACGGAGAUGAGAGCCCAGGGGUUCAACUUCGCACAUAGAGGAGCGAAGCAACAUCCCGUUCAACAGCAGUCCGGCCAGCCUCAAGCUCCGGCAACAGGCUCUGGAACUCCCGGUGCGAGCCACGCGGUUGCAGCUGCUGCCCCACCAACUGGACCAGCUCAAAGACCCCCACCCACUCAACCGCAAGUAUCAUACAACCAACGAGGUGCGCAGCAACCACCAAGAGGACCAGCUGUCCCUGACAUCAAGCCAGACUCCCCAGCUCCCCAGCAAAAGCCAGCGACUCCUCAACCGCAGACAAAUGUGGUCAACCUUCCAGGACCAAGUGAUAAGAAAGAGAAUGAAAAGACUCAAAAUACCAAUGGAAACUCUAAUGAGGCUACCUCGCCAGUUGCAAAGCCAGCUAGCGAUCCUAUCAUUGGUCUUUUCAUCAUGAACGUGACCUCGGAUGAAGCUGUUCGAGAGUUGUUCAAGGAGGAGGACAAGGAGAAGAUCCUUAAGAUUGAGAAAUGGGGUCAAUCCAACAAGGUUGCCCACUUCAAGACUUUGGAGGAAAGAGAUGCAGUUCUCGCAAGCCUACCAGAGGACGUCAAGUCUCGGACUGGGGAAGACAGAAGUCGUCCAUUGGUUAAGAUCUUUCAACCACGUGAGAACAACAACAGCAAGCCUUUCACGGGUACCCGUGGUGGAGCUGGAAAUUGGGGAAGCAGCCGGGGCGGAACCAAUACUGGCAACCCUCAAGGCGGUUACAGAAGUGGCGGAGCCAGUGAUAGUGAAGGCGGACGAGGUGGCCGCGGAGGACGUGGUGCACCAAGAGGUACUCGAGGUGAGGGACGGGGACGCGGACGAGGCCGUGGAUUCAAGAACGAUUCUUCUUCGCCAGCGCCAUCUCCCGCGACUCCAGCUACUGGUGGCGAUGCUUAAUCAGUUAUAUUCUUUCUUCGACGCCAGAUUCCCUUGCUUUCAACCAAAAGUUCCCUUUCUAGUACAUCUUCCUAAUGGUCACCCUUUGUGAGCCGAGGAUAUCGAUCGGUCACUCGGUCUUUUGGCUUCUGCAAGGGCUAUCUGCGAUUAGGGCUGGAGGCGGAGUUAAUCAGCUUAUGCUUCGAAGUGGGGAGGCGAUGAUGGCUUUUCCAGCUCUUAUGUACUCUGACCUCUUCAUUGCAUCAUUGAUUUGCUCUCAAAUAGCGUUGCGUGUAUUCUAGUUCUGGCAGAAGACAGAACAUCGCUGGUGAUACGAUGGUGUUAUAACAUAGAAAAUACAACAAAUCUUUGUACUCGAG